UAGCCGGUCUCUCCCCUAGUGGCUUUGUGUUCACAUAAUGUCCAUCGGGUCAACAGUUCGACUGGCACCAGAAGAAUCUUUUGGAUAGCCUAUAUCUUUUCGUGUUCCUUUCUUUGCUUUGUUCCUCUCUUUCGGCGGUGUGUCGCUUCCACACGCGAACAUUAUUAUAUUAUGAACUUUUGACUGAAGGAUCUUGAUCUGAACACAAACAUACACAACAACCACUGCCUUUUUUUUUUUCUUUCAAUCGUGAUCUGAGCCACUGCAGUACCAUAAACGGUGGAGACCGCCAUGACCGCCCACGAAGCCUCCUCUUCAUCCUCUUUCAAGUCAAAACUUUGGAAUUACGACGUAUUCUUGAGCUUUAGCGGUGUAGACACGCGCAAUGGCUUCACGGACCACCUCCACGCGGCAUUAACAGACAGGGGAUAUCAGGCUUAUAUCGAUCAGGACGAUCUAAAAAGAGGGGAAGUAAUAAAAGCGGAACUGUUCCGGGCAAUUGAAGAGUCGAGAAUCUCUAUCAUUAUCUUCUCAAAGAGGUACGCAGAUUCAACUUGGUGUCUUGAUGAGCUGGUGAAGAUCAUGGAGUGCAGAUCCAAACUGGGGCGACAUGUUUUGCCAAUAUUCUAUCACGUUGAUCCUUCGCAUGUUAGGAAGCAGUACGGAGAUUUAGCCGAAGCAUUCCAGAAGCACGAAGAGGGCAUCGGUGAAGAAAAAGAUGACAAGAAACGUGAAUUUAAACAAGAAAGGAUAAAGCAAUGGAGAAAGGCUCUUACAGAAACUGCAAAUUUGGCUGGCCACCAUCUUCAAAUCACUGACAAUAGGCGCGAAGCAAAGCUGAUUAGAGAAAUUAUUAAAAAGAUUACAGAAUGGCUUCCAAGCGCAAACAAAUUACAUGUGGCCAAGCACCAAGUUGGAAUUAGUUCUCGCAUUCAAGAUAUUAUCAGACAUCUUUCAAGUGGUGGAUCAAAUGACGUUGUCAUGGUUGGAAUUUGGGGGAUGGGUGGAUUGGGUAAAACAACAGUUGCCAAAGCCAUUUAUAACCAUGUUUAUCAUAAAUUUGAAUUCAAAAGUUUCCUCACCGACGUUAGUGACACUGUAAAUAAACAUGGUAUGGUUCACUUGCAAGAAAAACUUAUUUUUGACAUCUUGAAAAGGAAGUCUCAAAUAAGUAGUGUUGAUGGAGGUAUCAGUCUGAUAAAACAACAUUUUCAACAUAGAAGGGUACUUGUCAUCAUCGACAACAUAGAUGAAGUGGAACAACUAAAUGCAAUAGCUGGAAAUCAUGAUUGGUUUGGUCCAGGAAGUAGAAUUAUCAUAACGACACGAGAUGAACAUUUGCUAAAGCAAGUGGAUAAGACAUAUCCGGCUCAGAAAUUGAAUAAAGGAGAAGCUCUGGAGCUCCUUAGUUGGCAUGCAUUUGGAAAUAGUUAUCCGAAUGAAGGAUAUCUUGAACUCUCACAAAAGGUUGUUUCUUACUGUGGAGGUUUGCCACUAGCCCUUGAAGUUUUAGGUUCCUUUUUAAAUAAAAGAACCAUACCAGAGUGGAAAGAUCAAUUGGAGAAAUUGGAAAAAACUCCUUAUGAAAAAAUAGUAAAACCAUUAAGAAUAAGUUUUGACGGGCUAGAUGAUACACAAAAAACUAUCUUCCUUGACAUAUCUUGUUUUUUUAUUGGAUGGAACAAAGACUAUGUUGCAAAAGUAUUCGAUGGAUGUGAUUUUUUCCCUACAAUAGGAAUCAAUGUCCUUCGUGAACGAUGCCUUGUAACUAUUGAAGACAACGAGUUGAAUAUGCAUGAGUUGCUUCAAGAAAUGGCCAAAGUAAUUAUUUCUGAAAAGUCCCUUGGUCAUCCUGAAAAAUGGAGUAGGUUGUGGAAUCCUCAAGAGGUCACCGAAGUAUUGGAAAAUGAAUUUGGAACUGAAGAAGUUGAAGGACUUGCUCUAGAUAAUUCUUUUUCGUAUGACAUGUCGAGCUUCAGUACAGAAGCAUUUGCCAAUAUGAAGAAACUGAGAUUGCUUCAGCUCAACAACGUAAAGCUCAAUGGAGAAUACAAACAUCUUCCCAAAGAGUUAGUAUGGUUGUGCUGGCAUAGAUUCCCUUUAGAGUCCAUACCAGAUGACUUUUUUAAUCAACCAAGACUAGUUGUUUUAGAGAUGCAGUAUAGCCAAUUGGUACAAGUUUGGAAGGGUUCCAAGUUGCUUCAGAAGUUAAAAAUUAUUCAUCUCAAGUGUUCCCAUUUCUUAACUCAAUCACCAGACUUUUCACAAGUCCCAAAUCUUGAAGAGUUGAUAUUGGAACAUUGUGUCAGUCUGUCCGAGAUUCACCCCUCCAUUGGUCAUCUUAAAAGACUUUCUUUGGUGAACCUUCAAGGAUGCAAAGUGCUUAUCUCGCUUCCAAGGGAUUUCUAUAAGUCGACAUCUGUUGAAACUCUUUAUCUUAAUAACUGUUCAAAUUUCAGAGAACUGCAUGAGGAUUUAGGGGGGAUGACAUCGUUGAGAAUACUUGAAGCAAAUUUAACAUCAAUAAGACGAGUACCACCUUCCAUAGUAAGAUUGAAGAAUCUCACUCGUUUAUCCCUACAUGGUGUGAAAAGUAUUCAUUUGCCGUCUUCGUUACACGGCUUAAACUCUUUAAGAGAAUUAGAUCUCUCAUUUUGCGAAUUAGCUGAUGAUCCAAUCCUAAGGGAUCUUGGGAGUCUAAUUUCUUUACGACAUUUGGAUCUUGAAUGGAAUAAUUUUCACACCCUACCCAGCCUGAGUGGUCUUUCAAAGCUUGAAACAUUGAGGUUAAGUGGAUGCAAAUAUCUUCAUACAAUCCUUGAUUUACCAACAAAUUUGACAUUUCUGUAUGCGUUUAAUUGCCCUGCAUUGGAAACAAUGCCCAAUUUUUCAGAAAUGUCAAAUAUGAGAGAACUGAAAGUAAGUAAUUCAACCAAACUUACUGAGGUACCAGGCUUGGAUAAAUCAUUAAACUUCAUGACAUGGAUUAGCAUGCAAAUGUGUCCCAAUCUCACAGCUGAUUUUCGGAAGAACAUUCUACAGGGAUGGACUUCUUGCGGACUUGGUGGUAUAUCUCUCCAUGGGAAUUAUAUUCCUGAUUGGUUAGAGUUUGUCAAUGAUGGCAAUAAAGUCAGUUUUAAUAUUCCUCCGAGUGAUGAUCGUAAUUUUAAAGGGCUGACUGUGUUGUGCAUUUACCGCUCAGGCAAUAGAAUUGAUCGUCAUCUUCCUCUUGACGUUACUGUUAUAAAUAAUACCAAGCGUACUAUGUUACGGGCCUACAUAGGCAUAACAGAUUGGGAGGAGCUAAUAUAUGAAGACGAUUAUCUUUGGCAGGGACAAUUAUCUAACGAUAAGCUCAAUUUGCAAGGCGGGGAUAAAGUUGAUAUAAUUUUUGAAGACUCUUUUGCGAGUUUGCAUCCUGAUUAUUAUGUGACAAUGAAGAAAACAGGGGUUAAUCUAGUAUGGGACAAAACUAUGAUGGAAAAUAUGCAUGAUUUGGACGAAGCCAGUUAUGUUUUUGACCCACAUCCAGCUCGGUUCUAUGAUGCAUCUGAUAAUAAUCAUCCCAUAAUCUAGAAUCACUACAGAUGACAGAAGUGGAAGAAAAAAAAAUAUUUUGAAGUGAAAGCAUCAUCUCUGGAAUAAAUCACACCCAGAUCGGUUCUAUGGUCAGGCACGAUCAAGGCAGUGAUGCGUCGUCAACAUCAGGCUCAUCCUCAUCAUCACAUAUAUGAGUUCCUGGACUACAGAUCACCACCAACUUCAUCAUCAGCAACAGCAAGUCGAUAUUUCAUACUUCUUUCAGAUUCUUAUGAUUUUUCAAGAACACAUCACCAAUGUAAAGAUGGUUCGGGGGAACAUAAACACAGCAUAACUCUUCGUCUCUGGAAUAGCUCUGCAAAAUAAUUCUUUCAGUCCAACCAAGGGUACUGAAAUUUUCUAUAAAGUUCACCUGGGGAUAUGGCAGAACUAAUCUGCUUGGAGGCAUUGUAUAUAUGACGAACAAACGGCAUUCUUUUGAUGAACCACUCUCCAAGGCCAGGACAGAUGCACUGAUAUAAAAGUCAAGAAUCCAGAGCCAUACGGCUCUAAUUCAAAGAGACAUAACAAUUCUGCGGUACACCUGACAAGUAAUAAGUCAAGUACAGCUGACAAUUUAGGAAACGAGCCUGUUGGCAGCUUGACAUCUGGAUUGCAAGUAAAUGAGGAGCAUCAGCGAGAACCAAGCACCGGGAGGGUAGUUGUCCUUGCAAUUGGAGAGUGGAGUAUCAGGUCACUGCUGCACAAAAGACUCUGCAAUAAGAAAAUCUUCCUAGCAUUUGGAGUUUGUAUUUUACCACUAUAUCGUGUGUACCGUAGUACCCAAAUCAACGUAGACCAGUUUUGAGCAUGAACUCUAAUUUCCAUCUUGUUGUCAGAGUUAAGAACCAGAAAUGUCACUUGAAUAAACGGUUGUAAACCCACUGAAAUCAACUGAGAUUCUGCACCUUGUCAAUACAUUCAAAAACUUGGUCUUUGGCAUCAUCUAAAACAUUUCUUCUUUUGAAACAAUGAAGUCAGAGAGAACCAGACUUGCAAUCAUAAUCCGUUUGAAUUUCAACGUCAGAAUUGCUCGGUAAAGGUGUUUCAUGUUUUUGCAGGAUGACUGGACAAACUAGUUUGAAUUGUUGAUCCAAUGUGCGUUGACAUGAUUCAGGGAUUGAAACUGAAGACUGAACAUUAUGUAUGGGAUAACAAUCAGCAUCAAAAUGAUCCUUCUGUGAGCAAUUUGAUGUGUAGGAAAAUCAGGUGGUGGUGAAUUAAGAUAUGAAGAUGGCGGUGAGCCAAGAACUCCUGGUGAAAAUUGAGGAAAAGACUUGUAGUGACAAGUGUAUCAAUCCACACCAUCCACACAAGAGUGGAAGCUCGAAAACUACUGGAUAGGGAGGAGGGUGCAGAGUACAUGGAAAACAUUUUUCCACUUUACAGUUUAUUCGGAUACAUCCCUCUACAUAUGCUCAUGUAUGCUGCAGAUGUAUACUUCUGGAGGCGUGUGUCAACCAUGCCUUUAUAUUUGGCUUCAAGAAAGGAACUGAGCACAGUUACUGCGAAGUUUUCCUCCUUAGCACUGGUCUUGCAGUACUUUCGUUGGGUGGUUUCCUGGCAAACUUACACUUGGACUUGAGUACUUAAAAAUACAAGACUCUGACUGAAUUGGCUCCUUUGGGCUUACUUCUUGUAAUUUUUGUAAGUGCCAGAGUCUACGUUCAAAUGCGUUUGUUACUCUUAUUCACGUUGAAAAUGGAUAUGGAGAUAGAUAGUUUCA